AUGCCUAUCCCACCAAUGACCGCCCCUGUAGCUGCAUGCAUAGUACUAGGCUAUGACUCUAAAAUCAUUGCCAAUCAUGAAUUGGUAAUGUCAAAGAUGAGGGAUAUUGAAAUGGUCCCUGUCUAUGUCCAUGACAGUAACCCUGUCCACCCUACAGCCAUCUCAAUCAAGGUCCAGACUGUAAAUUCGUAUAUAUACUUAACAUAUCCAAUGGAAGAUAACACGGAACACAAAGAAGGUUCUUCCCGGCCAGCUGUCUCUGAAUCAGCUCCACUUUCAAGCAAACGACGAAAAGAUUCAAUUUCUAGCGUUUCAAGUGAAGAUAGUUACGUCUCAAUUGAGAAAAAUUUACUUGAAAUGUUACCAAAAAUUAUUCGUAAACACACAGAAGAUGCCUUAAAGCAUUUUGACAAUAUAAUGUCAUUAAAAAAACCAAUUUCCGACGAAGAGAUGCACGAUAAGAUUUUUGUAGACUCAACAAGUCUAAAAGAAAUAUUAGAAAAAAGGUUUGGUCCAUGCUCACAGUCCCCAAGACAGAUAGAAGCAUGGGUCAAUAAAACAAACAAAUGGGGACAGCGGAAAGCCGUACGCCAUUCUGGAAAGAUGGUUGAAGGACGUACACUGUGGGUGUUAAAAGACAAGUUCUUGGAGGUGGAUGCCAUGAACGACUUGACAAAAUACCACAGCUACCUUAGAGUCCAUCCAAUGACAACCAUUGGAUAUGCUCGUAAAUCACCUGGAAAGGAAAGUCUUGAGACAAGAUGCUCUCUUCUACAGAAAAUGGCAGAUAGGCUGAAAAAUCGGUGCCUCUGCACAAAAAUAUUUGUAUCUCCAAGCUCAAAAGCAGACGAGCCUUUGAUGGUUAGAGACAGCAAGAAAGACUGUUCAAAAUAUCUGAAUGUGUUAAUUGACUGUGCCGGCAACAUGAAUGAUUUAUGUACCAUACUUGACAGAAAAUUCAAGCCUGUCAGGUUGGUAAUCAUUGAUUACGCAGGUUUAAGCACUGAGCCAAAUAACGUGAGAGACUUUUUUAGAAAGGAGGAACGAUUAUUUGAUACUCAUAGUUAUGAUUGCAGUCGGUACACACAAGUCAAAGAACUUGUUAUAGACCAUGGUCUAACUUUCGAGAUACUAAAAAGAGAGGAUUUACUGGAAAAUGAAGACAUCCUUUCACGCUUUGAUUGCAGAUCUAACUAUAAGCAUCGAUCGACAUGA